AUGGCUCGCCUCUGCAGCGUGGCUGUACACGCGAGUGAGUCACAGCGCACACCAUCACUCCACUACUCACCACCCACUCCACUCCUCACCACCCACCCCACUCUUCACCACCCACUCCACUCCUCACCACCCACUCCACUCCUCUCCACCCACUCCACUCCUCACCACCCACUCCACUCCUCUCCACCCACUCCACUACUCACCACCCACUCCACUCCUCUCCACCCACUCCACUCAUCUCCACCCACUCCACUUCUCUCCACCCAAUCCAUGAUUCACCACCCACUCCACUCCUCUCCACCCACUCCACUCCUCUCGACCCACUCCACUCCUCUCCACCUACUCCACUCCUCUCCACCCACUCCACUCCUCUCCACCACUCACUACCGUCUCAAGCUCCUCCACUGCCUCCUCCUGCGUGGCGGGGUUCUUCUUGUGGCUGUACACACGAGUCGCAGAGCACACCACCGCUCUCCCCCACCUCUCUCUCCCACCUCUAUCCCCCACCUCUCUCCCCCACCUUUCCCCCCCCCCCCCCCCCUCUCCCCCCCACCUCUCUCUUCCCCCCCACCCCCCCCCCCCCCCACCUCUCCCACUCCCCCCUCCCCCCACCUCUUCCCCCAAUCCCACUCCCCCCUCCCCCCUACCCCCUACCUCUUACCCCCCGUACUCCCCUCCCCCUCACCCCGGAUCACUCCUUGUGUCCGUUUGAGCCACCUCGGCUCAUGUUAUUUAUGA